CUUCGCCCGGCUGGGUUCGCUAUGUCAGCAUGAGCUGGAGUCCCUCCUCGGCCGGCCGACUCGCCGCUGGGCCGGCGCAGAGGAUGGCUUGGCACGGCAUGGAUGGAGCGCGCAGCAGGGCGCCAUGGCGCAGAGCUGAAAGCCUCGCGGCAACGCAGCUGGCACCAGGUGUUGCAUUUGCUGGAAGCCCGGUUUUUGUCUGAUGGCAUUGUGGCGAUUUCUGCUGCGAUCAGCGCCUGCGAGCAGAUUUCGGAGUGGGGGUUGGCCCUUCACUUGUUCCAGGUGGCAUUGAAGAAGCAUGUGCAGAGCGACGUGAUUGCUUACAGCCUGGCCAUCAAGGCAUGCCGAAAGGGCGCCCAAUGGCACCUGGCCCUGAGCUUUCUGGCUGACAUGGCAGCAGGCGGCACCCGGUUGGAUGGCAUCGUCCAGAGCGCGGCAAUGAGCUCUUGCGAGGUCCCCCGCUGGGAGUUUGCCCUUGGCAUUUUUCAAGGCUUGCAGAGUUCGAACAUGGCAGAUGCUGUGGCUACCACUUCGGCGGUGAGAGCCGCAAAUGCCUGGCCCCUUGCAGUGCAGUACCUCCACAACCUGGCGCUUCACCGCCUACGGGCCGAUGCCGUGCUGCGCCAGGCCGCGCUCGCCGCCUUUGGGCGGACGGAGGCGGAGUUGGUCUGGGAGCAGAUGCUUCGGCUGGCGCAGGCGCUGCCGGAGCGCGUGGAUGCCAUCGGCAGAAGUCGGCAGUGGCAGUCCAUGCUGGCGCUGGACUUCGAUCGCUUCGUCACGCGCGGCGCGUGCAAGGCUCCGAGCUCGGUGGACACCUCGCGAAGGACGUCUGGCGCGGUGCUGCUGACCACCGCUGCCAUGGCCGUGGCGGCGGAGGCGAAGAAGUGGCGGGUGGCAGUGGCCUUGGCCUGGGGCCUUCACCGCCGGCGCCUGCAGCCCACGGUGGUGACGUUGGGCACGGCGCUCAGCGCCUGCGCAAAGGCGGCCAGGUGGCGGCAGGCCAUCCAGCUGCUGGCAGACCUGGAGGUGUUGUCUUUGGUGCCCAACAUCAUCAUCUACAACUCGGCCAUCAGCGCCUGUGAGAAGGCGGGGCAGUGGCAGCUGGCGCUGGCCGUGCUCCGCCAAACCCAGCGCCUGCGCUUGCGCCAGGACAGCAUCACCUUCAACGCGGCCAUCAGCGCCUGCGAGAAGCGCCGGCGCUGGCAAGAAGCCUUGCUGCUCUUGGCGGAGCUGCUGGAGGAGGCGAGUCCCGACCUCACCAGCUUCAAUGCCGCCAUCAGCGCCUGCGAGAAGAGUGGGGAGUGGCAGCUUGCCCUGCAGCUGCUGAUGACCUGCCGCGGCCGCGGGCUGGGGGAUGUAAUCACCUACAACGCAGCCAUCAGCGCCUGCGAGAAGUGCGGAUGCUGGCAGCAGGCUCUGGCACUGCUGGCGGCGUUGGAGGCGCAAGGCUUGCAGGGCACCGUGGUCACCAUCUCCGCGGCCAUCAGUGCCUGCGAGAAGGGCAACGCCUGGGUGUGGGCCAUGGAGCUGCUGGCGCGGUGCGGGCCUAUGGGGCUGCAGAAGAAUAUCAUCACCUACAGCGCUGCCAUCAGCUGUGCCACCUGGAGGA